AUGUCACCCGCUUACGAAGUUGAAGAAAACCCAGAGCCUUUGAAACAUAAUAUACAUAAUCUCAGGAAAGUCUGUCGUGUUACCGCCUCUGGCCCAGAUUGUAAAGCAUUGCAGCGUACUACACAUGAAUAUGUAGUAGUCUCAUUUGCGAAUGCACCCGUACACUACGUCACUCUCACUUGCAAAGCAAAGAGCAAAUGGGGGAAGUUUAAAGCUUUAAGUCCAAGUGCAGUAGGGAUUAAGGCACAACAACUGAAAAAGGCAUAUAAAGAGUCAGUUCCACCUUUGCAAAUACUUCCGGGAACCACAACAGAGCAAGUGAAAGUCGAAUCAGACCCAUUGACUUGUAAUCAAAGGAACAUUCACCGUUCAUUCAAAAGCUGGUCGUUUCCUCUCUCUGAUCCCACUCACUGCUCUGCAAAAAAUGAAGUAUCUGUUUGUACGCUUCCCCCUCCUGGUAGCUGUUGUGCUCAGCACCCCGACGAGAUCAAAAAGCAAUUUAUCCACGCCCCCUCCGUAGACCACCCACGUAUGGCGAAAGUCGCUAGGGUCGCCAUAUCGAACGGUUUAAACAUGUGA